AUGAGUGAACAUUUAUUGGAUUCGGAAAAUUGGAAGCUAGAAGCAGAAGCGGUAAUAAAAGACGUACGAGAUCACGUAAAAACAUUAAUUGUUUGCGAAAAAUUGACCAGUAACAACAGUCGUGUGUAUUUAAAUCUAGUUACCAAUGAAGAAAGGACUUUUUGCGUCGAAUUAUCCGCUCUCGGAUUCAGAAUAGUGGGUAACAAAUUCGAUACGAACGAUCUAAAUUCCGAAGAAUACUUCGAAACCCCUUACAGUCUGUUGGAUACCAUCAGUUUGAGCUAUAAGGAUUCGUUUGCCGGUGCUUUACAGAAGAAACUAGAAACAUUACGUAAACAUCUGUCAAAAUCAUAUGACUUGACUUGUGACCCAGCGCUGCCAACUGAAUUUUUUGUCGAGGCCUCUUACUUGUCAUUACUUCUAUUUUUUAUGAAAGAAGAUUUAUAG